CACUUCCUCGCCCUCUCUGUUUCUUUCCCGUCCGUCACACUCAUCUCAACACGACGCGCAUAUACCAACACGAAGAUGAGUAGCGUUAGUCUAAAAGGCCUUGGGGUGCUUCUUCUUCUUGUCUUUCUUGUUUUGUGCUCCACUUUUGAUGUGUGUGAUGGGAGGAGAGGCAAGCAUUGGAGGCAAAAGAAAGCUCCAGCUUCCUCCUUGGCACAGAAGAAAGGAAAGGGCAAGAUCGGCGGAAGUCACCACAAUGGUGGCGGAGGCCAGUCGAGUCCGAAACCAAGCCCAAAACUCGGUCCAGGCGAAGGAUGUCCAGUUGCGACGCAAGCAGUGAUGUUUAAUGUGCUUGAUUUUGGAGCAAAGGGUGAUGGAGUCAGUGAUGACACUAAGGCAUUUGAGGCUGCAUGGGCUGCUGCUUGUAAAGUGGAGGCUUCUACCAUGGUGGUCCCAGCAGAAUUUCAAUUCCUGGUUGGGCCAAUCUCAUUCUCAGGACCUUUCUGCCAACCCAAUAUUGUGUUUCAGUUGGAUGGGACGAUCAUUGCUCCUACAAGCUCCACAGCUUGGGGUUCAGGCCUGCUGCAGUGGCUUGAGUUUACCAAGCUCAGAGGAAUAACCAUCCAAGGCAGCGGCACAAUAGAAGGGCGAGGCAGCAUCUGGUGGACAGGCUCCGAAUCUGAUGUCGAUCCCAUUAAUGCUAGGCUCAGUGCAAAAAUGCCACAGAUCAAACCAACAGCUCUGAGGUUUUAUGGAAGUUACAAUGUAACAGUCACGGGCAUAACGAUACAGAAUAGCCCACAGUGCCACCUUAAAUUUGAUUACUGUGAAGCAGUUCAAGUCUUCAACAUGACCAUCUCUUCCCCUGGCGACAGCCCCAACACAGACGGAAUACAUCUCCAGAAUUCCAUAGAUGUAUCCAUCCAUCACACCGACUUGGGUUGUGGUGAUGACUGCAUCUCCAUCCAAACAGGAUGCUCAAAUGUAUACAUACACAAUGUGAACUGUGGACCAGGCCAUGGGAUUAGCAUAGGCGGACUUGGGAAGGACAACACCAAAGCAUGCGUCUCCAAUAUAACAGUAAGGGAUGUCAACAUGCAUAACACGAUGACUGGUGUCCGAAUCAAGACCUGGCAGGGCGGCUCAGGCUCUGUUCAAAGCAUAAGAUUCGCAAACAUUAAAGUCUCAGAGGUUCAAACACCUAUAAUUAUCGACCAAUUUUAUUGUGACAGAAGGUCUUGCAAGAACCAGACAGCAGCAGUGGCACUGUCAAGCAUUGCAUAUGAGAACAUCAAAGGGACAUUCACGGUGAAACCAGUCCAUUUUGCAUGCAGUGACAGCAUGCCUUGUUCAGACAUUAGCCUAACUGAGGUAGAGCUCGAACCACUGCAAGAACAGUACCACAUGUAUGAACCUUUCUGCUGGCAGGUGUACGGGGAACUGUACACCCCGACGGUUCCUCCAAUUUUUUGCCUGCAAACUGGGAAACCAACAAGCAACCGGAUCCAGUCUGAUCAUGACUCAUGCUGA